GCCGGGCUCGCGGGUCGGAGUCGCGGGCCGAGGCCGCCGCGGAAGGCUCGGCCCCGCCCGGGGAGCGAGGUGGGCCCCGCAGAGCCCGCCCUUCUGUCCCGCCCGCCCGCCGCGCCCCUGCGGCAGCCCCCGCGGGCCCACUCGCCGCCUCCGCCUGACACACCGGCAGCACGACAGUCUUUUAUCCAUCCAAUCGCUGUGAAAUGCCUGCGGCGCUCCAGAGAAUGCGAGGGGAAGAAGAAGAAGAAGAAGAAAAACGUAGACGACUUGAGUUAAGUAGCGCGAGGAACGGUCACAGCAUUUUUACCUGGUGCGUUUGUUCCAAGGAUGUAAAGCGCCCCUGCCGUCACCGCGUAGGGAAGAUGGCGGCCUGGGAAGCCCUCGGCUGAGGGAGAAUUCUUGAGAGGACUUCCGUGCAAAAGAGAGAUAGGAAAACUCAUUCUUAAAUUCAUAUGGAAUCUUGAGGGAUCAUGAAUUGCCAAAACGAUCUUGAAAAAGAACAAGAGAGGAGGAGGACUCACUUCUUGACUUCAAAAUUUGUUACAAAGCCAUAGCCACUGAAGGAAGAGAUCAAGAUGAAUGCAGAGCCUGAGAGGAAGUUCGGAGUGGUGGUGGUUGGCGUUGGCAGAGCUGGCUCUGUGCGGAUCAGGGACUUGCGGAAUCCACAUGCUUCCUCAGCAUUCCUGAACCUGACUGGCUUCGUGUCCAGACGAGAGCUUGGGAACAUUGAUGAAGUCCAGCAGAUUUCUUUGGAAGAUGCUCUUUCCAGCCAGGAGGUUGAGGUUGCCUAUAUCUGCAGUGAAAGUUCCAGCCACGCGGACUAUAUCAGGCAGUUCCUUAAUGCUGGCAAGCAUGUCCUUGUGGAAUAUCCCAUGACACUCUCUUGGGCAGAAGCUCAGGACCUGUGGACGCUGGCGGAGCAGAAAGGGAAGGUCUUGCAUGAGGAGCAUGUUGAACUCUUGAUGGAAGAGUUUGCAUUCCUGAAAAAAGAAGUGGUGGGGAAAGAUCUGCUGAAAGGAUCUCUUCUCUUCACAGCUGGCCCAUUGGAAGAAGAGCGGUUUGGCUUCCCUGCGUUUAGUGGCAUUUCUCGCCUGACCUGGCUGGUCUCCCUCUUUGGGGAGCUUUCUCUUGUAUCCGCCACAUUGGAAGAACGAAAGGAAGAUCAAUAUAUGAAAAUGACUGUGUGCUUGGAGACAGAGAAUAAACGUCCACUCACAUGGAUUGAAGAGAAAGGGCCUGGUCUAAAACGAAACCGACAUUUAAGCUUCCAUUUUAAAUCUGGUUCCCUGGAGAACAUGCCAAAUGUAGGAGUCAAUAAGAAUAUUUUCUUGAAAGAUCAAAAUAUAUUUGUCCAGAAACUUUUGGGUCAGUUUUCUGAAAAGGAGCUGGCUGCCGAAAAGAAGCGCAUCCUGCACUGCCUAUGGCUCGCAGAAGAAAUCCAGAAAUACUGCUACUCAAAGAAGUGAAGGAUGCAUGCAGCACUUCUAAGAUGGGACCAUAGUUUCCUUUUUAUGAAGAGUUGACCUUUAUUCUUACAAUUAAACAUAUCUUGGGUAAACAGA